AUGUCCUUCACCCUCACCUUUCCCGCGGGCCCGCUGGGCCUCACCAUCGCGCCGGCGGAGACCACGGGCCACCCGAGCGUCGUCGUCAAGACCGUGAAGCCCGGCUGCGCCCACGGCGCGCGGCUCCGCGCCGGCGACGAGCUCGUGGCCGUCGGCGCGACGAGCGUGCGCGAGCUCUGCGAGUCCGCGACGAUGGACGUCGCGGCGUUCGAGCGCUUGGUCGGAGCGCUCCGCGAGGCGCCGCGGCCCGUCGCGCUGCGCUUCGUGCGGCCGCCGCCGCGCACGCUGAGCGCCGCGCGCGAGGCCGCGCCCUGGCGGCCGCCGGCGCCGGGCCGCAAGUCGCUGAGCUCGCCGCCGUCGCCGCCGCGGCGCGCCGGCGCCGUGCCGGCCGUCGGCGACGCGCCGCUCCUCGUCGACGUCGACGUCGAGAACGCGCCGCGCAUCCUCGACGCGAGCCGCGCCGAGGCCGCGGCGCCCCUCGCGCGCCACCCGCUCCUCGAGACGUCGUCGUCGUCGGCGUCCGACGACGACGACGACGGCGGCCCGCCGGCCGUCGUCGGCGGGCCGCUCGACGCCGCGCGCGCCGCGCACCGCGCGCUCGCCGCGGCCAAGUCCGGCGCGCCGCCGGCGCCCAGGCGGAGCGCGAGCGCGGCGUCGCUCGUCGACGAGAUCGAGGCGCCCGAGGCGCUCGACACGGGCGACGACGGCCUCAGCGCGGAGGUCGAGCAGCCGGAGACGGUCGCGGCUCUCGAGGCGCCCGCGACGCCGCCGCGGCCGCCGGAGCCGUCGGCGGACGCGGCGCCGUCGCCGCCGACGGCGGACCCCGCCCCGUCGCCGACGGCGGACCCCGCCCCGUCGCCGCCACCGGAAAACCCGCCCGCCGAGGAGCGGUCCGCGGAGGAGGACCGCGCGGCGGCCGCGGCCGCGGAGCGCGAGUGGGCCGCGUUCUUCGCCGCGUCCGUGGAGCAGGCGGCGACGCCGCGGAGCGACGAGGACGCCGCCGUCGCCGCGGCGGUCUUCGACUUCGCGAGCGAGGUGCUCGACCCCGGCGAGCCCGGCGACGACUUCCCGCCGCUCACGUCCGAGAGCUCGCCCUACUGGCCGCCGCCGCCGGAGAUCGUCUCCGAGGCGCCCAAGUCGCCCGAGGUCGCCGACGCCGAGUGGCGCGCCCUCAAGGCCGGCGUCGUCCGCUCCGUCGUCAAGGCCGCGGAGGCGCGGCUCGAGUCGGUCGGGGCGGACCCGGCGCCGCGGGGCCGAGUAGGCGGCGCGCUGCGCCUGCCGGGCCUGGCCGGCCCCCAGUCCUUCUCCAGCGACGAGGCGCGGGCGACGGAGUGGCGCUCCUGGCACCGGGCGCACCCGCGCGAGCGCAAGCUCGAGUUCGCGUACGGCACGCCGCUGCCGGGCCUCGUCUCGCGCGCGCCGCCGUCGGAGUCGCUGUCCGCGGACACGGACGCCACGGACGACGCCGCGUCGGACAUGGCGCCGAACGCGGGGCUGCUCAUCGCGUCGCCCCUCGACGACCUGGACCGGGAGCACGCGGCGCGGCGCGACGAGGACGCGAUCGCGGCCUUCGACGACGCCGCGGCGCGCGUCUCCGCGGCGGAGACGGUGCCGCCCGCGGCGCUCCGGGACACGUCGGACUCGCGCCUCUUCGAGCACGUCCUCGUCGUCGGCGCGUCCGUGCGCACGGUGGCGACGGCCGUCGCCGCCGUCGCCGCGCGCGACGCGGGCCACCGCAAGGCGUACGUCGCGACCGUCGACGCGCAGGUCGUCCACGCGUACCCGGCCAAGAGCCUGCCGCUGGAGCUCGCGGAGACGGUCUGCUGCUUCUGCGCGCCCGACGGCAUCACCUGCCGCGGCGACUCGCUCUCGCUCAAGGCCGAGGCCGCCGAGGCCGCGACGGAGAGCGGCGGCCACGCGACGGUGUCGACCUCCGUCAUGGCCUUUGGGGGCGGCGGCGAGCCGUUGUACGCCGUCGUGUUGAGCGGGUUGCAGCGGCGCGACGCGCACCGGUCCAAGAAGCAGACGGCCGUCGUCAUGCGGUCCGACUUGCGGGUCGUGCUCUGCACGCGGCGCGCGAGCCUCCUCGCGCUGCAUCUCGCGGCGGGCGCGCUCCUCGCGCAGGACGUCGCCGCGGCGCUGGCGGCGGCGUCGCGGGCCAAGGCGUCGCCCGCGGCCUGCGUCGACGCCGCGAACGCCGCGGUCGCGCGCUUCGCGUGCGCGUUCGCGCGCGUGCCCGUGCCGCCGCCGGGCGUCCGCGCGCGCUGGGCGCCGCCCGUCGCCAUCGACGAGCAGGCGCUGGUGCCGGGGCUGGUGCCGGCGACGCCGUCGAAGCGGCCCCGCGCGGACGAGCACGCCGUCGAGGACCGCGCGCCGCCGGCGCCGCCGGAGCUGAGCCGGCGCGAGCGGGGGCGCCGCGACGGGCUCAAGCGGCCCGACGUCGUCUACUGCCGGAGCCGCGGCGACGUCGAGGCGGGGCAGAGCGUCUGGGACGGCGACGGCGCGGCGAUUCUAGAGUGGGCCCUGCCCGUGCUGUUGAGCCGGCUCCGGCUGAGCCACGUGCUCCGCGCCGUCGCGGCCUUACUCGCGGAGCUCACGGUCGUCGUCGAAUGCGCCGACGAGUCGGACUGCUCGGCCUGCGUGCUCGCGCUCCUGACGCUCGCGCGGCCCCUCCACCCCGCGGGCCCGUUGAUCGUCGUGCUGCCCCAGCGCUUCGCGGACUACUUGGACAGCCCCGUGCCCGUGCUCGUGGGCGUGACGUACGGCGGGCCACCGCUCAUGGACCGGCUCCGGCGGCCGACGUCGAUCCCGAGCCUCCUCGCGCGCUGCGACGACGACGAGCUCCGCUUGUUCGGGGGCGCGGACCCGGCGGUGACGACGCUGCCCGCGGCGGACAAGUUGAUGAACCGGCUCCAGGCCCACGCGGACACGAUCAAGCGCCACGUGCUCCGCAAGGGCCGGCGCCGGGGCCGGUCCCGCCAGCCCGCGGCGGCGCCAAAUGGCACCGGCGCGCCGGCGCCCGGCGGCGUCGCCGGCGUGCUGCCGCCGCCGUCGCCCGCGCGCCGCGGCUCGUCCGCGGGGCGCCGCGGCGGCGCCGCGGCGGGCCCGCCGACGCCGCGGACGACGGGCGGCGCCGUGCUCCGGCCGGGCACGCACGUCGCCGUGCGCGACGCGCUCCGGACCAUCGCGUCGACGGUCGCGCGCCACGUAGCCGUGCUCGCGGCCGCGUCCCUGGAGCUCGCGGACGGCGACCGCAAGGAGGCGAACCUGCGGGCGCUGGGCCUCGUGCACAACGCGCCCGAGGACACGUUCCUGAGCCCCGAGGACGACGAGGUCAACGUGCCGCCGUGGGCGCGCUGCUUCGUCAAGUCGCAGCUCUUCGCGAACUUCCGCAACGCGCUCGACGAGGAGGGCGCGGCGGAGUGGUGCAACCGCCUCGCGGCGGCGCUCAAGGUCGACGUCGACGCGCUCGCGACGUGCCGCCGGGCGCUGCGGCGCGCGCCGCCGGCCGCGAUCCCCGCGGAUUUCGCGAGCCCCGCGUCGAAGCGCCGCUGGACGUCCCGGGGGAAGUUCACGAUGGGCCAGACGGGCACGGACGGCGUCGGCGGCGGCGCGGCGGCGGUUUCCGGCGCGGCGGCGGCGCACGCGGCGAGCCAGUUUCUCAUGACCAUGCUGCCGGUGCAGACCGACUACCCAAGCAAGGCCGAGAGCUGCGGCCAGCUGGGCCGCACGCGCGUCGCCGUGGCGCCGGUCCCCAACGGCACCUGCCACCUGCACGCGCAAGGCGCCGCCCUCGCCGAGGCGACGAGCUACGCCGUGGGCUCCGUCGCCUUCGUCAAGGCGACGGGCGAGUACUCGAUCGGCUCGUCGCUCAUCGGGAAAGAGCUUUCCGCGGCGACCGCGGCGACGCCCCAGGACUGCGCCGCCCUCUGCUCCGGGGCCUGCGCCGGCGCCGAGUGGGUCACGGCGCCGACGUCCUACACCAACGGCUUCGGCCUCCACGCGGUCCACGUGAACGCGUCGUCCGCGCGGCCGUACGGCGCCAUGUCGAACGAGCAGGUCGAGGACGCGCUCACGGUCAAGUUGGACGCCGUGAGGGCGACGGGCGCCUACGACGCGUUCCUGGACUUCACGACGGGCUUCUGGGUCGCGAGCCUGGACCGUCUCUGCGCGACCUUCGACGCCGUCGGGCAACGGUACGUCGUGCUCAAGUGGCAGACCUACUACAGCGUCAUCGUCCGCGCGGCGUCGUCGUCCAUUUUGAUCGAGCUCAUGUCCGAGACCUGCGCCACGGCCUGCGACGCGGCGCUGCCCCACCCGCACGCGCGCUACGUCUUCCGCGACGGCGCGACCGUCGCCUCGGUCUUUGGAGCCCUCACGGAUAAGGACGCGGCGAAGCCGCUCCUCCACGCCGCGCGCGUCUCCUGGCCGACGUCGAACCUCACGCGCGACCGGGCCUUUUUCGUGGACGGCGGCCUGGCCCGCGUGCUGGACCGGGACGCGGGCGCCGGCGUCGCCGUCGACACGUACGACUUCGCGAAGCUCUCGGAAAACGCGAUCAUGCAGUUCCAGCUCGUCGAGCGGCCCGCGGCGAACACGACGGGGCCCCUGACCGUGGCGGCCUGGGAAACGGUCAUGCUCGACACGCACGCCGCGGCGCUCAGGGACGACGUCUGCGGCUUCGACCAGUGGAUGGACCACCACGCGGGCCUCGCCGUGCGCAACUCGACGCACACGCUCGGCUCGCUCGCGGAGCUCGCGGAGCGCCUCGGCCUCAAGUACCACGUCAACAAGGAGGGCCACGGGCGCCGCCUCGACGAGGCCGAGGACCUCGAGUGGGGCUCGGGCUACGCGCUCUACGUGUCCGCGCCCAACGGCGUCGCCCUGUCCAUCAACGGCCUCCGGCAGGGCGACUACGUGCCGAGCCGGCCCAUCGGCUCCGGCGAGGUCGACCUCUGCAACAUGGGCACCUGCCCGAACGCGUCGUUCCUCGCGGCCCUCUAAGC